AUGACGCCUGAUAAUGUGAUGAUAGGGAUGAAGCCUGACAAUGUGAUGAAAGGGAUGAUUCCUGACAAUGUGAUGAUAGGGAUGAUUCCUGACAAUGUGAUGAUAGGGAUGAUUCCUGACAAUCCAAGCUCUUCACCACCAACUCUCCAUCAACCACAAACUCUCCAUCAACCACCCUAUGCUAGAGCCACCAUCAAAAUCCACAAGAACCCUCCUAAAGCCCGUCUACUUGUGUGCUCCCGAGAUACUGUCUUCUACAAAACGGCCCAACACCUAACCACAAUCCUUGCCCCCUUAGGAAAAAAAGCCGACUCCUUCAUCUCUGACUCCACGGACUUCUGCUCCAAACUCAAGAACAUCACCAAUCCAGAUCAAAUCAUCAGUUACGAUGUAGUAGACCUCUUCACCAACGUACCCAUAGAUGACACUCUGCAAAUUCUCCGCCGUCGCAUCACUGAAACCCCUCCUGAAACCAGCUUAACCACAGAAUCUAUCAUCGCCCUCACCACCGCCUGUAUCUCCACCACAUACUUCACCUGGGGCGACGAGUAUUAUCAACAGAUACACAGCCUACCCAUGGGAUCCCCACUGUCUCCUAUCCUUACUGAAAUCUACAUGACCCACUUCGAACAGCAAGCCCUCACAACAUCACCCAUCCAACCUAUUUGCUGGUACAGGAAAGUUGACGACACCUUUGUCAUCCUCAAACAAGACCAAGACCCAACCCUGCUACUACAACAUCUUAACCAACAACACCCCCGAGUACAGUUCACCAUCGAAACAGAAAAGGACAACCAACUACCCUUCCUAGAUGUCCUCGUCUGUAGAAACGCAGCUAACAGAAUCCAAACCAGUGUCUACCGGAAGCCCACCCACACCGACCAGUGUAUCCACUUCAACUCUAACCACCCCCUCAGAACCAAGACUGGCAUCAUCUCCGCCCUUACCAAACGUGCCAUCAACCUUUCCUCUGCUGACCCCAAACCUGAGAUCACACACCUCCGCCAAGUCUUCACCCACCUCAACAAUUAUCCGGCCAAACUAGUCGACAAAGUUAUCGCCUCUGUCCCACACCCAGACCUGCGGCCCUUAAACCCGAAUCAGCGCCCUUCCGCAUCGCCCUUCCGUUCAUAG